AUGCUUGAGGACAAAAAUAUCUAUACACACAUUACUGAUAAACGACGAAAUCCUACAUCAAAAACUGAAUUAGAACUACAAGAUCGUUUACUUAGGUUAAAGGAUACAGGACACCUUACUGAAAAUCAAUAUAAAAGUUUAAGACCCUCUGACUCAUAUCCCGCGGCUUUCUACGGAUUACCAAAGAUACACAAAAUACCUCUCAUUGAAAAAGUUGAUCAUUUCACCGUAGAUACCAACGUCAAAAUACCUAUGAGACCAAUUAAUAGUUGUAUUGGAUCCCCUAACUAUCAAGUCUCUAAACAUUUGGCAUCCGUGUUAAAACACCUCUACGAAGGCGAUCAUGCG